UCUAUUGUCCCUCAAAGCAAAAGCCUCUUCUCUCUUCCUCAACAAAAGAUGGACCUUAAAAGGCCAUGUUCUGUCCUGUUUGCCAUUAUGAUUGCAUUUUCUAGUGUUUGUUUGGCAAAUCCCUCAAGCAAAUUGAAGUGGAGAAAGCAGAACAAUGAGCAGAGCAACAACUGUGACGUGUACCAAGGGAGUUGGCUCUACGACGACUCCUAUCCUCUCUAUGAUUCAAAUGCAUGCCCUUUCAUUCGCAAGGAAUUUGAUUGUUUAAAGUAUGGGCGACCUGAUCAGCUCUACCUUCAUUACAGAUGGCAGCCCACUGCCUGUGACUUGCCAAGGUUUGAUGGCGUAAAUUUUCUGGAGAGUGUUCGAGGCAAGAAGAUUAUGUUCAUAGGGGACUCUGUAAGUUUCAACCAGUUUGAAUCAUUAUUAUGCUUGCUUCAUGCUGCAGUGCCUAACUCCAAUAUCAGGGAGGACAAAAAUGCCUCUAUUCCUACUGUGAUUUUUGAGAACUACCAGGUUUCGAUAAUGUUGUUUCAUUCUCUACUACUAGUAGACGUGGAACAGGAAGACAUUGGUCGAGUUCUGAAACUUGAUUCCCUCAAGAAUGGCAACCUAUGGAAGGACAUGGAUGUUCUGGUUUUCAACACUUGGCUCUGGUGGUACCGAAGAGGACCGAAGCAACCAUGGGAUUAUGUUCAAGAUGGUGGCACCGUUCUUAAAGACAUGGAUCGUAUGGAUGCUUUUCGCAAAGCUUUAAUAACGUGGGCAAAAUGGGUCGACUCUGAUGAAGUGGAUACAAGUAAAACCAGAGUCAUUUUUCAAGGGAUUUCUCCUUCCCAUUACAAUGGGAGUGAAUGGAAUGAGCCAGGAGUGAUGAAUUGCUCCAAGGAAACACAGCCAAUAAGCGGAUCAAUCUACCCUAAUGGUUUGCCAUUAGCAUUACAUGUAUUGGAAGAUGUGUUGAGUGGUAUCAAGAAACCAGUUCAUUUGCUGAAUAUAACAACACUUUCGCAGCUGAGAAAGGAUGCACAUCCAAGCUCUUAUAAUGGGUUUAGGGGCAUGGACUGCACCCAUUGGUGUAUUGCUGGACUUCCAGACACUUGGAAUCAACUUCUCUAUACAGCUCUCAUUAAUUAGAAGACCAGAUUGAAGAUCCAGAUUUAAUUCCAUUAGAUAUCAUAUUUAGUUAUUUACUCGCUGAAAGUAGCUAGCCAGGCCAUGGAGUAAACUAAUAUUAUUCCAAAAGAGCCACUAUCUUAGCAGUCUAAUAAUGGAGUGGCUAUCUUUGAUGUAAGAGAACUUAAGUCAAAUUUAAUUCAAUCUCUA